UUGGAUGUGAAUCCAAAGGAUCCAGCUACAACAACAAAAAAUCAGACGGAAACUUCGAAAGCAGGUUUCGAUUGGCUCAAGGAGGGAACCAUUCUUCAUGUUGUGUAUUCAAGUGUCAUUUUUGUCCUUUUGGUGAUUUUCUUUGUGGUCGUUAUCUUGCUAUGGAGGAGGCGUAAUAAUCCAGGUCCUUCGACUGAAAAUGCGAGUUGCCGUUAUCAUCGCAAAAAUGCUACGGAUAAUCAGGAUCAAGGGAACCCAGUUCAAGCCAGUGAAGCAUACGUGAAUAUCUCCGAACGUCUGAUUUUGAGCGAAGAGGAAACGGUAGUUAUUCAAUCGUCGCCAUCAAGUAACGCAGUACCGAGCAGAAGACAUCAAAUGGACUCUGAGUAUAUGUCCAUUAAGGGAAUAACAACAAAGUUCAAGAAAUGGGAAGUAAAACGGGAAAAUGUUCAAAUCUCGAGAGUUAUUGGAAAGGGUGCUUUCUGUCAGGUUGCUAAGGCAACUGUAUCAGAUAUUAAUGGAAUAAAGGGAGUAACAACAGUGGCAGUUAAAAUGCUGAAAGAAAAUGCCCCGGAUAAUGACAAGAAAGAUCUACUGUCAGAGCUGGAUUUGAUGAAGAAACUAAGGCCUCAUCCUCAUGUCAUUAAACUGAUGGGAUGCGUCACUAAAACUGAUCCUUUGCUUGUUCUGAUUGAAUACAUACCUUAUGGUGAUCUGUUGGGUUACCUAAGGAAGAGUCGCGGCCUAAAUGACACAUACUUUAAAGAUCCGGAUGUUAAACCUGAGACCAACCUAACCUCAGAGCAACUGAUACAAUUUGCCCUGCAGAUUGCUGAUGGAAUGAACUUCCUUUCUGCUAACAAGAUCAUCCACCGUGACUUAGCGGCCAGAAAUGUUCUUGUUGGUGAAGGAGAGAAGUGUAAGGUGACAGACUUUGGAAUGGCGAGGAAUGUUAACCAGGAUGAUAUCUACAACAAAACAAGUCGGGGCCGUCUGCCAGUAAAGUGGACCGCCUAUGAGGGUUUAGUAUAUGGAAAAUACACAACGCAAAGUGAUGUGUGGAGUUUCGGUGUUGUUCUGUACGAAAUAUUUACUGUAGGUGGAUCUCCUUACCCCGCGAUUAACGCUCGCGAAAUUGCAAAGAAACUUCAGCAAGGAUACAGAAUGCCAAAACCUAAACAUGUUGAUGAACAGCUUUACCAGAUUAUGGUCCAGUGCUGGCAGGAAAAUCCAAACGACAGACCGACAUUCCCUUCACUUAAAGACGUUAUCACUCGUAUGUCUAAAAACAAAAAUGACACUUAUUUCAACAUGAGAGAGUAUGAUACCACCCUUUAUGCGAAUGUCGAUGACUUAUCUAUGGAAUGAAUGAAGACAAUCAGUUGCAACGUAUCAUAGAGGGAGGGGAUCAGUUUGAAAUAUUCUUAGCAGUCUGUAGAGUAUGGUUACAGUUGCUUUGUCCACCUUGCUUCAGUCUGGUUUUGAAGUUGACUCAUCUUUAAUUAACGUUCGUUGUGCACUUGUUUUUGUUUGUUUCCUUAAAUUUAGUCUCAAAAUACCAAAUUAUUCCUCAAUAGGUUUUGGCAGUUUUUAAACAAGACUUCAAACUCUCAAAUUAACUUUUGGAUUUGCUUUAUCUACUUGUAAAUCUAUAACGAGUUUGGUGACCUCUAUUUCUCAUCCUUGAACGGCAGUCAGCAUAUUAAGAUUAAUCAUUCUACAAAUUUUUUAAAAACAUUUUAGAGCCUGA